GCAUCUAAGUAUAAUAUCUUUAAGGGUCAGCUAGAGGCCUACAUUAAUCUACUACCUAGGCCCAAUAAUGCACUGCUAAUCAUAGCUUUAGGUCUACCAGGUACAGGAGGUAUUCGGUAUAAGUUUAUCUUAGAGCGAAGUAUAUCAUCUCGGCCUAAUUGCCUAUAUAUAGGCGCAGAGUUAAGGCGGAUUUAA